UCUGGGCGGAUCCGGAGCUAUUGCUGCUGCUGCUCCUCCCUCCUCCCUCCUUACUGUCUCUUUCCCCCUCUCCUCCUGCAAAGAUGGCAACCGAGGGGCUGAAGGAGAACGAGACCCUGGCGUCCCUGAAGAACGAGGCCGAGAGCCUCAAGGGCAAGCUGGAGGAGGAGAGGGCCAAGCUGCACGACGUGGAGCUUCAUCAGGUGGCGGAGCGUGUGGAAGCUUUGGGUCAGUUUGUGAUGAAGACAAGGAGGACACUGAAAGGCCAUGGCAAUAAAGUCCUCUGCAUGGACUGGUGCAAAGAUAAAAGAAGAAUUGUCAGCUCUUCCCAGGAUGGGAAGGUGAUUGUUUGGGAUGCCUUCACUACCAAUAAGGAACAUGCGGUGACGAUGCCUUGCACCUGGGUAAUGGCAUGCGCUUAUGCCCCUUCAGGAUGUGCCAUUGCUUGUGGGGGUUUGGACAACAAGUGCUCUGUGUAUCCACUGGCAUUUGAAAAAAAUGAGAAUAUGGCGGCCAAGAAGAAAUCAGUUGCCAUGCACACCAAUUACCUGUCGGCUUGCAGCUUCACAAAUUCGGAUAUGCAGAUCUUGACUGCUAGUGGAGAUGGCACCUGUGCACUCUGGGACGUGGAAAGUGGUCAGCUUCUGCAGAGUUUUCAUGGCCAUGGAGCAGAUGUCUUGUGCUUGGAUCUUGCUCCUUCAGAGACAGGGAACACGUUUGUGUCAGGGGGGUGUGAUAAAAAAUCCAUGGUUUGGGACAUGAGGACUGGCCAGUGCAUCCAGUCAUUUGAAACCCACGAAUCGGAUAUCAAUAGCGUCAGGUACUACCCAAGUGGAGAUGCCUUUGCCUCUGGCUCAGAUGAUGCCACAUGUCGUUUAUAUGACCUGCGGGCAGACAGAGAAGUGGCCAUUUAUUCCAAAGAGAGCAUCAUCUUUGGGGCAUCCAGUGUGGACUUUUCCCUUAGUGGCCGCUUACUAUUUGCUGGCUACAAUGAUUACACCAUAAACGUGUGGGAUGUUCUGAAAGGGGCUCGUGUUUCUAUCCUGUUUGGCCAUGAGAAUCGAGUUAGCACUUUGAGGGUUUCGCCUGACGGGACGGCCUUCUGCUCAGGAUCCUGGGAUCACACUCUAAGGAUCUGGGCUUAACCCCCAGUGCUGUUGGCAGAUACGUGUUAAAAUUGUAAUGAGAUGGGGGGGAAAUGAACACCUCGGAUCGGAAAAAGGAAAAGCUACAAUAACGAAAGGAAAUGCAACAGAGUGAUAAUUGAAAGAUUGAAUGCGACAUUGUCAGUGUUUUAUCAUGUUGUUGCCCAGACACACUCACUAUUGGUUAGAAAAGGUAAUAUACUUUUAUCAUACAGUGGGGGGUGGGGUGGGGAAUCUAUGUGUGGCAUAAUAAUAAUAAGAAGCAGCUGUUUUUACUUCUGUUUUUGAAACUACCUUUUUUUAAAAAAAGAAAUGGUUUAAUAAUUCUCCGAGACAGACCUCUGUCAAAAUAACUGUUGGAACAGAAUCUAGUAUUUCAUGACACAUUAUGUAUCUAGCACUUGCGUGUAAUUGCAUUUCUUCCUGAAGUCAACUUGGAAAGAAAACCAGAGUAUCUGAGGGUUCAUUCUCUUGUUCCAUGGAAGCCACUAAGGAGAAAAUAUGAAGGAUUGCCCUUCCUCUCCCUGUCCUUCUGUGUUUUCCAUAAUAGGAAGAUCUCACACCAGUGUGGUAUGUCGAACUAGGACUGGGAAGACCCAGGCCCAAAUCCCCUGGCCAGGAAUCUCUGGGUGAGCUAUGGCCAUACAAUAUCUUUCAAUCUACCCUACCUGACAGAGGAGUUGUGAAAAUAAAAUGGGAGAGUGUUAUUGUGAUGUGAGAAGAGUGCAUGGGCAGGUCCUGAUAUGAAACAACCUGCCCUCAUUCAUAUAAGACAUGGGUAGCUAAACUAAGGCCCAGGGGCCGGAUCCGGCCCAAUCGCCUUCUAAAUCCAGCCUAAAUCUGCGCACGGUCCGAGAAACAGCGUGUUUUUACAUGUGUAGAAUGUGUCCUUUUAUUUAAAAUGCAUCUCUGGGUUAUUUGUGGGGCAUAGGAAUUCGUUCAUCCCCCCCCCCAAAAAAUAGCCCGGCCCCCCACAAGGUCUGAGGGACAGUGGACCGGCCCCCUGCUGAAAAAGGGAUGAGGAACCUGUGGCCCUCCAGGUGUGGCUGGACUACAACCUCCAUCAUCCUGAUCAUUGCCUAUGCUGGCUGGGCCUGAUGGGAUUUGGAAUCCAGCAGUGUCUAGAGCAAGGUUUCCCAAACUUGGGUCUCCAGCUGUUUUCGGACUACAGUUCCCAUCAUCCCUGACCACUGUUCCUGCUAGCUAGGGCAUAGCUGCCAAGUAUCCCGUUUUCACCAGGAAACCCCCUUUUUUCCUACUGCUUCCCGGCGGUCUCCCGUAUAGGUUUUUAUCCCGUUAUUCUCCCUUAAAUUGGCUUCUGCCGGCGGCCAUUUUUCUGGUGCCGCUUUGCCCUUCAAUGGGCACCAGAAAAUGCCUGCGCCGGAAGUCGCUUCUACGCGUAUCCGGAAACGCGUAGACGCAACUUCCGGUGGCGCUUUGCCCUUCUAUGGGCACCAGUAAAUGGCGGCGGCGGAAGUCGCGUUUCCGGUCAUGCGUAGAAGCGACUUUUCUGGUGCCCAUAGAAGGGCAAAGCGCCACCGGACGUUGCGUCUAUGCAACGUCCGGUGUUGCGGGCUGCCGAUCCCGGAUUUUUCCAUCCAGGACUUGGCAGGUAUGAGCUAGGGAUGAUGGGAUUUGUUGUCCAACAACAGCUUGAGACUCAAGUUUGGGAAACACUGGUCUAGAGUCUCACAGGAGACCCAUCCCUGCUCCAAACCAUUGUGGAGAAGAAGCACACUUUGUCACCCUUCCAGAACUCUCAGCUUAUAUGGAGCAACUGAAUGAGCCCCGACUCUUGAAACAUUCCUUGGUUGCAUACUGAAGCUUGGUUGUGAAGCUUUUUUAAAAAGAAAAACACUAUUGCAAUUCAGACUAAUUUAAAAAUCAAUGGUUUUUUUUAGGCCAUUUGUUUCUGUUGGGUGUGGAUUGCACUCAGUAUCAGCUGGUUGUUACUAAAAAGGUAAUAAAAUUGGGGCAGAUCCUUCAUAAACUUACACCGAAUGCAGAUGUACCAUUUCCCCAAUCUCUUUCACCAUGGUUGAGGAAUUGGAAAACGAUACUUUGACACUACACUUUACUGCUUUGCUCAACUCAGUUUAAAAAUAAAGUAAGUUUGCAUUUAAGUUAGCUAUUUCCAGGAUCCAGUCCUACCAAGCCACAAAAUUUCCUGUUGAAGAUCAUGGGUGUUAUAUAAAAGUGUAUUUUUUUGUAAGAAGAAUCCUUUCAGUCUCUUUUUUAACUGUUUAUAGAUGCAGCAAUAUAAUCUUUGUGUUCUGAACUGCAACAACUUUUAAGCGUGCAGCAAAAUUGAAAUGAAAAAUAGUUUUAAUGUAUAUGCUUGUGAAAUGCUAGUCAUUUGUUUCCUUGGAAAGUUUGCAUUAUGUAACUGGAGGGAUUUUAUGUUAAUUAUAAAAAUGCUAAAUGCUAGGUACUCACUAAAUCCAUUUAUGAGUUGACGGCACUGGAGUCAUUGGCAAAUAGUUAUUGGAGAAAUGUACUGUAAGCUUUUACACAACACGUGGAUAUGAAUGAUUGAUUGGCAAACAAAAUUCCCUAAAGGGUAAGCACACCAACCUAGUUAGAACUUGAGCACCCUACCUGGUCAUUAGAGUGGUUGUAUUUGGACAUUGUGGCCUUCCAGGUGUUGGACUACAACUCCUAACAUCCCUGACUGGGCUUGAUGUGAGUUGCAGCCCCAAAACAUUUUCGGGGGCCACAAGCUUCCCAUCCCUACACACCAUGAACAAGUCUGACCUCUUGACACCCCCUUCCCCACCCUCUUCCCUUGCAGAACUUUGAUGAACACUUAGCUAUAGUUAAUUUUAGCAUGUGUGCUUCAGAAACUAUGGUUUGACAUUGAGCUUAUUUGAAACUAGAUAUGAAGCUUGGUAUGAACCACAGUUUGCUGCUCCCAAAAAACAACAACACACAAUUAGCUACAGCUGACUAGAUACAAAAGCUCCCAAACUCCCAUCUUCUAGCCAUGCACACAAGUUCCUAAGGAGGCUAGACUUAUCCGCAUCAUGCUAAACUACAGUUCAUUGUGAAUGUGGUCUUUUGUAAAAGGGACUGGUGAAUUAAGGUUACUAUCUUAUUUAUGAACAGAAACUUUGUACAUAAAACACAGAGAAUGGGGCACAGAUUAGUGGCAAAGUGCAGAGUAGCAUCUCCAAGAAGGAUUGGGAAAGAUGGCUGUCUAAAAUACUGGAGAGCCAGACAGUUUACGCUCCUCUAACCUAGGUGGACCAAUGCUUAGACUCUAUGUAAGACAGUUUUCUAUGUCCUAGAUGGGAAAAAUCAACAAAUGAGUAUUUCUCAGUCUGGCAUCUUUCCAUGCUGAAAAAGCAACCCCAGUUGUGAGCAGGGAAAAAGCAGGUUGCAUGCCAUUACUUUCCUGCUGGAGGCAGGGAGAAAGAAGAAGACUCCACUUUCGCUUCUUCCAACUCAGCUGAUAAAAGCAGCAUGGGAACCUGGUGCCUCUAUGAGCUGAAAAUACAAGCAGAGAAGUACACUAGUCAAAUGCCUCUGCAGUUAGUAAUGUCAUAAAUGCUAGCCAAUUGGUGCCCCCCACAACUGGCUUUUUCCUAGUUCAAGAUUAACCAGGCUGCAGGUUUUUAUUUUAUUUUUUAAAAAACUGAUUUUAUUUUUUUCAGAACUCACCCUGGAAGUGGAAAAAGUUAUGUUUGCACUGAAUGCAGUGAGGGCAGUUCUAAGGCAGCACCAAAGCUCUCCAAAUGCUAGCUCUUUGUAAGGGAUACUGUCUAAUAAUAUAGAAAGUGUAAAUUAUAUUGCUUCAGUCCAGAUUUAAAUUAUUGAGCUUUUGGUAGCUAGUAGUUCAGCCCACAAUCUGAAAUUCACUAAUAGGGCAUUGUUUUUUGUUUUUUAAAAUAUAUAUACAUAUAUAUAUAUUUAAAUAUGAAAAAGGGAGAUGUAAAUAUACUUAUACUAGAUAUGAAGGUUUCUAGCUGCAUAAGCAAAUAUGUAGUGUAGCUGGUAUUUUGUUGUUCCAUGGGAACAUACUGAGUCUUUUGCAGACCUUGACAAAUCACUUCCCAUGGUUUUGGUUUGGAAAAUGGAUUUCUGUGCUUAUGCCUGUAACAAAUCAGAAUGCACUAUAAAAAAACUGUAAAUGUUAAGAGUUCAUUGUGCAAUAACUAAGUUGACACACUGCACACUUUGAUUAGGCAGUAUUUAUUGAUGAUAUAUUUUGAGUUUUGAAUGGAAUAUAUUGUGUUGAUAGUUAUGAAUGGCCUCAGUAUAAUAAAUUGUAUUUUACAUAUUGAGAAUCUUUGGCUCUUUGAUUGUUUCUGAAUGCUUUUUGAUGAUGCAACCGCUUGUUUAUUUUGCCAUGUGUUCUCAGUAUGAAGACUUUUUUUUUUAAUCUUGUGCAACACAAGCCUAUGCACGCCUUACAAAAGGAAGUCCAGGUUCAGUGGGGCUUACUGCCAGAUACCUUGGUAUAGGAUUGCAGUAUUGCCUUAGUCUAGACUAAGAUUGUGUACAUCCUAUAUUUUUAAAGCACAUCCCCCUCCAAAUAAUUCUGGGCACUGUAGUUCA